CCACCUGCGCCAGGAUGCCCGAGGCCAUGCUGCCCGCCUGCCUCCUCGGCCUGCUGGCCGUCACCUCGGCUUGCUACUUCCAGAACUGCCCCCGGGGCGGCAAGAGGGCCGCGUCCAACCUGGAAGUGAGAGAGUGCCUACCCUGCGGCCCCGGAGGCAAAGGGCGCUGCUUCGGGCCCAGCAUCUGCUGCGCGGACGAGCUGGGCUGCUUCGUGGGCACGGCCGAGGCGCUGCGCUGCCAGGAGGAGAACUACCUGCCGUCGCCCUGCCGCUCGGGCCGCAAGCCGUGCGGGAGCGGGGGCCGCUGCGCCGCCGCCGGCGUCUGCUGCAGCCAAGAGAGCUGCUCCGCCGAGCCCGAGUGCGACCCGAACCCCGGCGUCCGGCGCGGCGCCCUGGCCGGCGACCCCAGCAACGCGACGCGGCUGGACGGGCCCGCGGGGACCCUGCUGCGGCGCCUGGUGCAGCUGGCGGCGGAGCCCCUGCAGCCCGGCGCCUACUGA